AUGUUCCCCUCCCUGAUUUGUCUCUUUCUGUGUAACAUCACUACAGUCAUGGAGCUGGAGCACUUUGACGAGCGGGAGAAAGCCCAGAGAAACACCCGCAGAGGCUCCAGGAACAACGGGCUGCCGAGCCCCUCUCACAGCGCCCACUGUAGUCUGUACAGGACCCGGACACUGCAGUCCCUGGCCUCGGAGAAGAAGGCCAAGAAGGUCCGCUUUUAUCGCAACGGAGACCGCUACUUCAAAGGGAUUGUCUACGCUAUUUCCCAGUACAGGUUCCGGUCUAUAGACGCCCUGUUGGCCGAUCUGACCCGCUCCCUGUCAGAUAAUGUGAACCUGCCACAGGGGGUUCGGACCAUCUACUCUAUUGAUGGGACCAAGAGAAUAUCAGGCAUGGAGCAGCUGGAAGAAGGUAAGCUAACCCUUAACCUUAACCCUACCCUAAGGGUUGGGAUGAGACAGUAUGGAGCAGCUAACCCUAAGGGAUGGGAUGGGACAGUAUUGAGCAGCUAACCCUAAGGGAUGGGACAGUAGCAGUCUGAGAACAAAAUAAGUAGUGCAUUUUUCUAGGUUUCCCACUGUACAAUGAGUGACCUGCUCCAGUAGGCCUACAUGCUAGUAUAUUUCCAGUAGGUCUGUAAACUCUUAUCAUCUAAAUCUCAUAGCUGUGUCAUUAUGUGGUGCAUGCAGUGAGGUGAGUCCGUGGUUGCUGUGACCAUGUAGGCCUAUCUCUGUGUGUUGCCUACCUGCAGGAGAGAGCUAUGUGUGUGGCUCCAUAGAGCCAUACAAGAAGCUGGACUACACUAAGAAUGUAAACCCCAACUGGUCAGUUGGAGUGAAGACAGCUGCGGCUGCCUCUGCGCGUGGUUCCCCCUCCCUGGGCAGUGCCAAGGCUGGGACUCCGGAGACCAGGGAGAGUAAGGACUUCAUCCGGCCCAAACUGGUCACAAUCAUCCGCAGCGGGGUGAAGCCUCGUAAGGCCGUCCGCAUCCUCCUCAACAAGAAGACGGCCCACUCCUUCGAACAGGUCCUCUCUGACAUCACAGACGCCAUCAAGCUGGACUCUGGGGUCGUCAAGAGACUGUACACCGUGGACGGGAAGCUGGUAGGUUAUGAAUUACGGUUGUAUUAGUGAAGUUACUGCCUGGUUCUCAGGUGUAGCUUUCCCCACAGACUCAGAGGGAUGGGCUAUAAGGCAAUUAGCAGAGUUAGAAGCAGGUUUCUGGGACUCAGUCUGCUGUGUUGACAUCCCAGUCAGUAGGCGUUUCAGGAGCACAGUUUCACUGAGACAUUUUCACACAUUAACCAAUGGAUGAUCUUUAAAUAUUUUUGAAGUAUAGCCUUUAUGACCAGAUUACUAUAUGGUAUAAAUCCCGUGAACACAGACCUUUAACACACAGAGUCCUGAACACAGGAUUACUAGAGAGAGUCAAUAUGAGAAGUAAUGAGAAAGAGGCAAGAAGAGUUGGGAAACAUGUUGUUUAGUUGGGAUAUGCCUAUUAAUAGUCAGUCUCCUCUUUUAUACUGGUUCUAUCAAAGAAACUCCGAUGUAGUUUUCCAUUUUUCUCUCCUGGACGGUUUCUAUGGUGAUCUGGUUGCCUGGGCUGGUUGCUAAGGAACAGCCUCUGCGGCAGAGUGGUGCAGUGGGAGUGUUGUGUGUGUGUGGCUCAGUGUUGCAGAACAGUGUGAAUGUCAGUGCUAUUGGGGAAGACUAGAGAAUGGUGCAGGGUACUCGUCUGGCCCAGACAUGACCAGGAGAUAGUAGCUGUAUAUUCCAUCAUCAAUAUCAUGCAGAUGAAAUGCAUUCCGGGAUUCAUCUGUAAUGUUUGCGGUUCAUCCUGUUCAUCCAGUUCAGUUUAACUUCACUGUCUCAUUAAAUAAUGAUGGUAGAAUUAGAAAGUAUUGACAAGAGUUCUCCAGACGCACUUCCGGUUCAAUAUCAUUGUUUCUCCAGUUGAUGAUUUAUGAGGCCAAUAUGCUCUCUGUUAUGCUAAGUGAGACUAAUGGAGUUCAGUGUUGGGCUAUAGAGUACAGUUCUAUACAGUGGGUAUCAGGGUUGGGCUAUACAGUACAGUUCUAUACAGUGGGUAUCAGGGUUGGGCUAUACAGUACAGUUCUAUACAGUGGGUAUCAGGGUUGGGCUAUACAGUACAGUUCUAUACAGUGGGUAACAGGGUUGGGCUAUACAGUACAGUUCUAUACAGUGGGUAACAGGGUUGGGCUAUACAGUACAGUUCUAUACAGUGGGUAUCAGGGUUGGGCUAUACAGUACAGUUCUACACAGUGGGUAUCAGGGUUGGGCUAUACAGUACAGUUCUAUACAGUGGGUAACAGGGUUGGGCUAUACAGUACAGUUCUAUACAGUGGGUAACAGGGUUGGGCUAUACAGUACAGUUCUAUACAGUGGGUAUCAGGGUUGGGCUAUACAGUACAGUUCUAUACAGUGGGUAACAGGGUUGGGCUAUACAGUACAGUUCUAUACAGUGGGUACAGGGUUGGGCUAUACAGUACAGUUCUAUACAGUGGGUAACAGGGUUGGGCUAAUACUAUACAGUGGGUAACAGGUUGGGCUAUACAGUACGUUCUAUACGUGGGUAUCAGGGUUGGGCUAUACAGUACAGUUCUAUACAGUGGGUAACAGGGUUGGGCUAUACAGUACAGUUCUAUACAGUGGGUACAGGGUUGGGCUAUACAGUACAGUUCUAUACGUGGGUAUCAGGGUUGGGCUAUACAGUACAGUUCUAUACAGUGGGUAACAGGGUUGGGCUAUACAGUACAGUUCUAUACAGUGGGUAACAGGGUUGGGCUAUACAGUACAGUUCUAUACAGUGGGUAUCAGGGUUGGGCUAUACAGUACAGUUCUAUACAGUGGGUAACAGGGUUGGGCUAUACAGUACAGUUCUAUACAGUGGGUAACAGGGUUGGGCUAUACAGUACAUUCUAUACAGUGGGUAUCAGGGUUGGGCUAUACAGUACAGUUCUAUACAGUGGGUAACAGGGUUGGGCUAUACAGUACAGUUCUAUACAGUGGGUAACAGGGUUGGGCUAUACAGUACACUAUACAGUGGGUAACAGGGUUGGGCUAUACAGGACAGUUCUAUACAGUGGGUAACAGGGUUGGGCUAUACAGUACAGUUCUAUACAGUGGGUAACAGGGUUGGGCUAUACAGUACAGUUCUAUACAGUGGGUAAUCAGGGUUGGGCUAUACAGUACAGUUCUAUACAGUGGGUAACAGGGUUGGGCUAUACAGUACAGUUCUAUACAGUGGGUAACAGGGUUGGGCUAUACAGUACAGUUCUAUACAGUGGGUAUCAGGGUUGGGCUAUACAGUACAGUUCUAUACAGUGGGUAACAGGGUUGGGCUAUACAGUACAGUUCUAUACAGUGGGUAACAGGGUUGGGCAUAUACAGUUACUAUACAGUGGGUAUCAGGGUUGGGCUAUACAGUACAGUUCUAUACAGUGGGUAACAGGGUUGGGCUAUACAGUACAGUUCUAUACAGUGGGUAACAGGGUUGGGCUAUACAGUACUAUACAGUGGGUAACAGGGUUGGGCUAUACAGUACAGUUCUACACAGUGGGUAACAGGGUUGGGCUAUACAGUACUAUACAGUGGGUAACAGGGUUGGGCUAUACAGUACAGUUCUAUACAGUGGGUAACAGGGUUGGGCUAUACAGUACAGUUCUAUACAGUGGGUAACAGGGUUGGGCUAUACAGUACAGUUCUAUACAGUGGGUAACAGGGUUGGGCUAUACAGUACAGUUCUAUACAGUGGGUAACAGGGUUGGGCUAUACAGUACAGUUCUAUACAGUGGGUAACAGGGUUGGGCUAUACAGUACAGUUCUACACAGUGGGUAACAGGGUUGGGCUAUACAGUACUUCUAUACAGUGGGUAACAGGGUUGGGCUAUACAGUACAGUUCUAUACAGUGGGUAACAGGGUUGGGCUAUACAGUACAGUUCUAUACAGUGGGUAACAGGGUUGGGCUAUACAGUACUAUACAGUGGGUAACAGGGUUGGGCUAUACAGUACAGUUCUAUACAGUGGGUAUCAGGGUUGGGCUAUACAGUACAGUUCUAUACAGUGGGUAACAGGGUUGGGCUAUACAGUACAGUUCUAUACAGUGGGUAACAGGGUUGGGCUAUACAGUACAGUUCUAUACAGUGGGUAACAGGGUUGGGCUAUACAGUACAGUUCUAUACAGUGGGUAACAGGGUUGGGCUAUACAGUACAGUUCUAUACAGUGGGUAACAGGGUUGGGCUAUACAGUACAGUUCUAUACAGUGGGUAACAGGGUUGGGCUAUACAGUACAGUUCUACACAGUGGGUAACAGGGUUGGGCUAUACAGUACAGUUCUAUACAGUGGGUAACAGGGUUGGGCUAUACAGUACAGUUCUACACAGUGGGUAACAGGGUUGGGCUAUACAGUACAGUUCUAUACAGUGGGUAACAGGGUUGGGCUAUACAGUACAGUUCUAUACAGUGGGUAACAGGGUUGGGCUAUACAGUACAGUUCUAUACAGUGGGUAACAGGGUUGGGCUAUACAGUACAGUUCUACACAGUGGGUAACAGGGUUGGGCUAUACAGUUAUACAGUGGACAGGGUUGGGCUAUCACGUUCUACAAGUGGGUAACAGGGUUGGGCUAUACAGUACAGUUCUAUACAGUGGGUAUCAGGGUUGGGCUAUACAGUACAGUUCUAUACAGUGGGUAACAGGGUUGGGCUAUACAGUACAUUUACACAGUGGGUAACAGGGUUGGGCUAUACAGUACAGUUCUAACAGUGGGUAACAGGGUUGGGCUAUACAGUACAGUUCUAUACAGUGGGUAACAGGGUUGGGCUAUACAGUACAGUUCUAUACAGUGGGUAACAGGGUUGGGCUAUACAGUACAGUUCUAUACAGUGGGUAACAGGGUUGGGCUAUACAGUACAGUUCUACACAGUGGGUAACAGGGUUGGGCUAUACAGUACAGUUCUAUACAGUGGGUAUCAGGGUUGGGCUAUACAGUACAGUUCUAUACAGUGGGUAACAGGGUUGGGCUAUACAGUACAGUUCUAUACAGUGGGUAUACAGGGUUGGGCUAUACAGUUACAGUUCUAUACAGUGGGUAACAGGGUUGGGCUAUACAGUACAGUUCUAUACAGUGGGUAUCAGGGUUGGGCUACUAUGCUAUACAGUGCUUGGCAAUUCUAUCUGACUGGUGUUUCACUGUUAGGCGUGUGCGUGUGUGCCUGUUGACCUUGACUGGGCCUCUCAUUGGUGUUUGUGCAAUCAGUCUACACACAGGGACUCUGCUAUUGUUCAGACAGUGCCAGACUAGGACCGUGAUUCAUUCCAAUCGCACCUGUCGACAGUGUGCCAUUUAAAGGCUAUUUCUAUUUGAGCCGACAUCUACAGCGUUUACCACAAAUGCAAUAUCUGCAAGCGUGGUGAUGUUGCCUUUAAAAACCUAAUUGUUGACAGCGUUAUACGGAUUGAAACCCGGCCUAGAACUAAUAUGUUUUCUGAACAUCAGCUGGGAAGUUGACCUGUUGACAUGAUCUGUCUGGGGUGAAAAUACAACAACUUACAGCUGAGAAUACUGGACUAAUGUGAGUACUGUAAGCUGAGUGGUGAAUUGAGCUUUGCUUCAUAUAGUGUAGUGUUGCUAAGUGGCUGACUCCACAGUAACUGUGUGUUAGGGAACUGCUACAGCACAGCAAUGGAGCUACAUACUGUUGUGCUGACUUGCAGCUCUGAAGCCAGUUAUCAUUCAUCUCCUCCAUUGCAGCUGCAGCCUGUGUCCCAAAUGACACCCUAUUCCCAAUAUAGUGCACCACUUUUCCAUUUGGGAUGCAGUUGUAGUAAUAUAGUAGCCAGCUGGAACUCUGCUCAGCUCUUCAUAAACACCCAGUGAGAUUUACAUACUGGUUAUUGGCUCAUUUCAGACAUCCAGAAGUGUGAUUACUUAAUCUGUUUGAUUAGUGUUACGUUGACGUUCUGUUACUGAUUGCUCCUGUAAUCAUAUUCAAUCUGACUACUUGUACCUGUUAUUGAUAUGAAUACAUUCCCCCUCCCCUCCACACGCAUCUCUGAUAAUGGACAUUCCUGCUUGACAUACUGUAGCAGUCUGUCUAAUGUCUCUCAAUAAUGAAUGAACAGAUCUAAGACAGAUACUAGCCUGUCUCUGAAACAGUAGCUUGUCGCUGAAACAGCUUGUCAGUAGCCUUUUUUUGAAACAUUACAUUUAAGUAAUUUAGCAGACGCUCUUAAUGAGGUUUAAGUGCCUUGCUUAAGGGCACAUCAACAGAUGUUUCACCCUGUUAGCUCCGGGAUUCGAACUAGCGAGCUUUUGGUAACAGGCCCAACUCUCUUAACCGCUAGGCUACCUGCCGCCCUACAGCCUGUCAGUAGCUUGUUUCUGGAACAGCCUGUCAGUAGCUUGUCUCUGAAAAAGUCUGUCUCUGAAACAGCCUGUCUUUGGAAAAGCCUAUCUCUGAGUGGGAGGCAUUUAAUUCCAGUGGGAAUGUUGUAGGUAUGAGUCAGUAUUUUUCUUGUACAUGCAUUAGGACUGUAGGUCUAUAUGACUGUCUGGGAGGAGGGAGGGAGGAGAGGCGGGUAGAGGGGGGCAGAGGGGGCAGGGAGAGUGGAGGGAUACGGGGGAGGGGGUGAGGAGGUGGGAGAAGCGGGGAGGGGGAGAGGGAUGCGCGGAGGAGGGAGAGAGGAGGGGGAGUUAUACAGGGAAGGAGGAGAGGAAGGGUAUACAGGGAAGGGUGAGAGAGGAGGGGUAUACAGGGAAGGGGGAGAGGAGGGGUAUACAGGGAAGGGGGAGAGGAGGGGUAUACAGGGAAGGGGGAGAGGAGGGGUAUACAGGGAAGGGGGAGAGGAGGGGUAUACAGGGAAGGGGGAGAGGAGGGUCAGAAGGAGGGGUAUACAGGGAAGGGGAGGGGAUAGGGGGGGAGGAGGGGAUACAGGGAAGGGGGGAGAGGAGGGGUAUACAGGGAAGGGGGAGAGGAGGGGUAUAACAGGGAAGGGGGAGAGGAGGGGUAUACAGGGAAGGGGGAGAGGAGGGGUAUACAGGGAAGGGAAAGGAAAGAGAGGGAGAGGAGGGGUAUACAGGGAAGGGGAGAGGAGGGGUAUACAAAGGGAAGGGGGAGAGGAGGGGUAUACAGGGAAGGGGAGAGGAGGGGUAUACAGGGAAGGGGAGAGGAGGGGUAUACAGGGAAGGAGGAGAGGAGGGGUAUACAGGGAAGGAGGAGAGGAGGGGUAUACAGGGAAGGAGGAGAGGAGGGGUAUACAGGGAAGGAGGAGAGGAGGGGUAUACAGGGAAGGAGGAGAGGAGGGGUAUACAGGGAAGGGGGAGAGGAGGGGUAUACAGGGAAGGAGGAGAGGAGGGGUAUACAGGGAAGGAGGGAGAGAGGGGUAUACAGGGAAGGGGGGAGAGGAGGGGUACUACAGGGAGGAGGAGGAGAGGAGGGGUAUACAGGGAAGGGAGGAGAGGAGGGGUAUACAGGGAAGGGGAGAGGAGGGGUAUACAGGGAAGGAGAGGAGGAGGGGUAUACAGGGAAGGAGAGAGGAGGGGUAUACAGGGAAGGGAAGAGGAGGGGUAUACAGGAAGGAGGAGAGGAGGGUAUACAGGGAAGGAGGAGAGGAGGGGUUAUACAGGGAAGGUGGAGAGAGGAGGGUAUACAGGGAAGGAGGAAGGAGGGGUAUAGGGAGGAGAGAAACAGGGAAGGAGGAGAGGAGGGGUAUACAGGGAAGGGGGAGAGGAGGGGGAGGGAUACUGGGAGGGGGAGGGAUAAAGUUCAGAUGAAGGAGAGGAGAUUAGGACAGGAAGCCACUGGACUCUGGAGAGAUUCUGUCUGUUAGCCUCGGUAUCAGACCUGUUUGUGCUAUCAUUCCAAUCCUUGCCACUCCUUGUCAUAGACAAAACAUCAUCAUAAGUUUGGCAUAUGACAAGGAGUGGCAAUGAUUGGAAUGAUAGCACAAACAGGUCUGGUACCCAGUCUACCUGUCUGUGUCAUAUCAAUAAUGAAUAAGUAAUGUGAAGACUAGUUGUUUGUGGUAUCCUUGUUCCAGGUGACUGACAGUGUCUAGCUGUCUGUCUGUUCCAGGUGACAUGCCUUCAGGACUUCUUUGGUGACGAUGACAUCUUUAUGGCCUGUGGUCCAGAGAAGUUUCGCUACCAAGAUGACUUCCUCUUAGAUGAGAGUGGUGAGAUAGUUAUAAUAACAGUACCAUAACAUUUAAAUUAGAAUAUCAUGGGAGUAAUUAGUGUGUGUGUGUGUGUACUGUAGGUGUGUGUGUGUGGUAUCUGACGGUGUGUCCUCUCCCUCCAGAGUGUAGGGUGGUGAAGUCGACGUCAUACGGUCGGAUCUCCUCUCUGCAGGGACGCUACUCACCCAGAGGAGGAGGCUCACGCCGAAGCUCAGGCUCAGGUAUGGCCCUGUGAGUGUGUGUGUGUGUGUGUUUUUGUGCGUGCGUGCAUAAGUAAUUAAUCUACAGAAUCAACAACUUUUUCAGCAAUGUAUUUGUCCUUAUCAGCAACCAACUGAGUGAGGACUGUCUUUCUCUAACCUCUAACGUCUUGUGUCUGUACUGUAGCCAAUGGGACGGCAGGCAGUCAGCUGUCGACUCCUCGCUCUGGGAAGUCCCCCAGCCCCUCUCCUACCAGUCCUGCCAGCCUCCGACGACGCAGGGUAGGACCACACAAUGCUUUACUAAUACAAUCACAACGCUUUAUUAACAUAGGCCUAGAUUCAAUCAGAUCAAGAGUUAACCGGUAAUAGCCGGCACCCGCAUAGCUAAUGUUUUGGGCGGUGUCGGAGAUGUAACCGCAUUGGAGCUGUCAAAUCGGUGAGCAGCUGCUCUUGAUCAUUGUCACAAUACCACACCCAUCCCACUCCCAUUAGAAGUUCAGAGCGAGAAAGUGUAGGCUAUAGCCUACAGAAAUAAUGACACUCAAAUUAAAAACCAUUAAACAAAAUAAUGAGGAUUUCUAUCAUCCUAAUCAUUCCAGUGUUUGAACUUGUAAACAAGGCUGCAUGGGAUUUCUCUUAAUGCGACUCCGUUCAGCCAAUGGCAAUGGCCACUUUAGGUAUAAUUCCUGAAAAACGUGAAAAACGCAUGUCAAAAAUGUUAUAAAUUGAUUUGCAUUUUAAUGAGGGAAAUAAGUAUUUGACCCCUCUGCAAAACAUGACUUAGUACUUGGUGGCAAAACCCUUGUUGGCAAUCACAGAGGUCAGACAUUUCUUGUAGUUGGCCACCAGGUUUGCACACAUCUCAGGAGGGAUUUUGUUCCACUCCUCUUUGCAGAUCUUCUCCAAGUCAUUAAGGUUUCGAGGCUGAUGUUUGGCAACUCGAACCUUCAGCUCCCUCCACAGAUUUUCUAUGCGAUUAAGGUCUGGAGACUGGCUAGGCCACUCCAGGACCUUAAUGUGCUUCUUCUUGAGCCACUCCUUUGUUGCCUUGGCCGUGUGUUUUGGGUCAUUGUCAUGCUGGAAUACCCAUCCACGACCCAUUUUCAAUGCCCUGGCUGAGGGAAGGAGGUUCUCACCCAAGAUUUGACAGUACAUGGCCUCGUCCAUCGUCCCUUUGAUGCAGUGAAGUUGUCCUGUCCCCUUAGCAGAAAAACACCCCCAAAGCAUAAUGUUUCCACCUCCAUGUUUGACGGUGGGGAUGGGGUGUUCUUGGGGUCAUAGGCAGCAUUCCUCCUCCUCCAAACACGGCGAGUUGAGUUGAUGCCAAAGAGCUCGAUUUUGGUCUCAUCUGACCACAACACUUUCACCCAGUUCUCCUCUGAAUCAUUCAGAUGUUCAUUGGCAAACUUCAGACGGCCCUGUAUAUGUGCUUUCUUGAGCAGGGGGACCUUGCGGGCGCUGCAGGAUUUCAGUCCUUCACGGCGUAGUGUGUUACCAUUUGUUUUCUUGGUGACUAUGGUCCCAGCUGCCUUGAGAUCAUUGACUUGAUCCUCCCGUGUAGUUCUGGGCUGAUUCCUCACCGUUCUCAUGAUCAUUGCAACUCCACGAGGUGAGAUCUUGCAUGGAGCCCCAGGCCGAGGGAGAUUGACAGUUCUUUUGUGUUUCUUCCAUUUGUGAAUAAUCACACCAACUGUUGUCACCUUCUCAGCAAGCUGCUUGGUGAUGGUCUUGUAGCCCAUUCCAGCCUUGUGUAGGUCUACAAUCUUGUCCCUGACAUCCUUGGAGCGCUCUUUGGUCUUGGCCAUGGUGGGGAGUUUGGAAUCUGAUUGAUUGAUUGCUUCUGUGGACAGGUGUCUUUUAUACAGGUAACAAGCUGAGAUUAGGAGCUCUCCCUUUAAGAGUGUGCUCCUAAUCUCAGCUCGUUACCUGUAUAAAAGACACCUGGGAGCCAGAAAUCUUACUGAUUGAGAGGGGGUCAAAUACUUAUUUCCCUCAUUAAAAUGCAAAUCAAUUUAUAACAUUUUUGACAUCCGUUUUUCUGGAUUUUGUUGUGGUUAUUCUGUCUCUCACGGUUCAAAUAAACCUACCAUUAAAAUUAUAGACUGAUCAUUUCUUUGACAGUGGGCAAAUGUACAAAAUCAGCAGGGGAUCAAAUACUUUUUUCCCUCACUGUAUAGUCCCCUAUAUAUAGUCCCCUAUUGAUAGUCCCCUAUAGAUAGUCUAUAGAUGUCCAAACUGUCAACAUCCAUGUGUUCAAAAAGCAUUUUUGAUCUCUCCCUCCCUCAGAGUUCCCAACACAGUGGCUCCUCCCUGUCUCUAGCCUCCACCAAGGUGUGUAGCUCCAUGGAUGAGGGAGACGGAGCAGGUAGUGAAGGUAGUAGAGAGGACAUACUGUAUACAUGUUUAAGGGCAGCUUUUCCAUUGAGCAUGCUCUAGAAGGCAUUGCCUGUAUCCCAAAUUGCAACCUAUUCCCUUUAUAGUGCACUGCUUUUGACCAGUGCAGAAAAAAGUCAGUAAACAAAGUAAGUAAAAGUAGUGCACUGAAUAGGGGAUAGGGUGCCUAUGGGACAGAGACUUAGGCCUAGAUUCAAUCCGUAUCGCGGAAGUUCAGCACUAUAGCAUGACUGACAUUUAAAGGCAAUGUUCGCGGAGACUGCAUUUACGGUAAACGCUGCAUUUGUUGGCUCGAUUGGAAAUUACUUUUACAUUUAAAUAGCGCUAAUCUUCCUCGAUACAGAUUGAAUCUAGCUCUUAUUAAUCUAGGGACUGUGGAGUGGAGAGUGCAGUAGCAGACAUGACCGAACUCUCCUGUUUGCCUGGUUUGAUAGCGGAGCUGAACCUGCUGAGUGAUGAGUGUCCCUCCGUCCCUCCGUCCAUCGCUGAGAGGUACAAGGUGGGGAGGACUUUAGGUGACGGUACCUUUGCUGUGGUCAGAGAGUGUGUGGAGAGAUGUACCGGCAGAGAAUACGCCCUGAAGAUCAUCAACAAAGGCAAAUGUAGGGGAAAGGUGAGAACUACUCCGGCCCAGUUAUACCAAAAGCUACAAAGUAGUAAGGAAUCGCAGAGCUCUCUUUUUGUGGGUGUAUCUUUGAAACACGUCACAUUUGCUAAUAGCCUAUUCAGCAGGAUGUCAAAGCUAACUAGUGAGACCCUUCCGAUUGGUUAUCGAGGGGUCGCAUCACUGCCAAUUUGCAUAAACAUGGAUCUUGCUCAGCUCAUAGUAGAUAACCGUUAAGUCGCUGAAUGUUUCCUUGUGUCUCCUCCCCCCGUUGAAAUGACUGCAUGGUCUCCAGUAGUUUGAUAGUAGUAGUAUUAUUAUAUUAUUAUUACCUGUACUACAGUACUAUUAAGCUGAACUACUAUUAACAUCUGUAACCUGACAGUUCCUUGUUGUUAUUCCCCAGGAACACAUGAUCCAGAACGAGGUGUCCAUCCUCCGUUGUGUCAAACACCCCAACAUCGUCCUGCUGAUCGAGGAAAUGGACACCUACAGCGAGCUCUACCUGAUCAUGGAGCUGGUCAAGGUGAGUUGACAGGACAGUUAGAAGAACAGAAAAUAUUUGGAGACAGGUUUAGAGAGAGAAACAGAGAGGAAAGGGCACAGACAGUCAUCGGAGCUUAGACCGCUACACCAGACUCCAGCAAGCUGGUCAAGAUGAGCUGUACCUGAUCAGGCGUUUCAUAGAUUACACCCUGUUAUGGAUAGAGUAAUGCAGGCUAAUACUGUUCAUUACAAUUAUGCGUGUUGUAAGGUGUAAUGUGUGUAUCGAUCCACAGGGGGGUGACCUGUUUGAUUCCAUCACCUCCUCUACUAAAUACACAGAGAGAGAUGCUAGUGGGAUGCUUUAUAACCUGGCCAGUGCCAUCAAGUACCUGCACAGCCUCAACAUCGUACACAGAGACAUCAAACCUGAGAACCUGCUGGUGAGUGUGUGAGUGUGUGUGUGUACAUUAUAUUUUUGUGUGUUUGUUUAUUUAUGUUUAUAUAUAGCCGGGAUUCAAUGCAAGGUGUGUUAUAGUGCGGCACACCAUACAAUGCACCUUUUAAACGCCUGAUGUUCAGGGAGCUACGCAUUUAGACUCAACCAUAAAUUACCUUUAAAAGUCUGUAACGCGCCCUCCAUUAAAUCCUGGCCUAUGCUUCACUGUGUCCCAGGUGUAUGAGCAUCAGGAUGGUAGUAAGUCUCUGAAGUUGGGAGACUUUGGCUUGGCUAGCCUGGUGGAUGGACUCCUCUACCUGGUCUGUGGCACCCCCACCUAUGUAGCACCUGAGAUCAUCGCUGAGACAGGGUACGUCUAUGUGUGGCAGGUGUGUGGCAGGUGUGUGACAGGGGUUUGAUGUUGUCCUCUGACAGGUGUGUGUAUUGUCCUCUGACAGGUACGGGCUGAAGGUUGAUAUCUGGGCAGCUGGAGUGAUCACAUACAUCCUGCUGUGUGGCUUCCCUCCCUUCAAUGGGUCUGUGCUGCUCUAUGAUACCUAGAUAGACAAUACCAUUAUAACCCUUCAGUGGGUCUGUGCUGCUCUAUGUCUUAUUUGUCAUAGGCCGGGAUUCAAUCCCAGGCACACUCUAGCUCAUUGCACUAGACUACCGACAAUAAGCCUUUUAAAGGCAUUUUCCCAGACAUUUGCAGAGAUCGCAUUCAUAGUAAAAGCUUCUCAUGUCGGCUGAAGCGUAAAUUACCUUUAAAAGUCAGUGUUAGUGUGCUGCGCUAUAACGCGCCUUGCAUUGAAUCCCGGCCAUAGUAUUUCAGCAUACCCAGAUAGAUGAUAACAUUAUAAUGCUGAUGAUGAUAAUAAAAUGAGACUUGCUGUCGUUUUUAUCCAGGAGCAGUGAGGACCAGGAGAUUCUGUUGGACCAGAUUCUAACGGGACAACUAGACUUCCCUUCACCAUCCUGGGACAACGUGUCUGUCACUGCAAAGGUCGGUCUAUGGUUCAAUCCCUGCACUUAGUGACAAAAUAAAUAAAUAUAUAUAUAUAUAUAUACAGUACCAGUCAAAAGUUUGGACACACCUACUUUUCUUUAUUUUUACUAUUUUCUACAUUGUAGAAUAAUAGUGAAGACAUCAAAACUACGAAAUAACACACAUGGAAUCAUGUAGUAACCAAAAAAGUGUUAAACAAAUCUAAAUAUAUUUUAUAUUUCAGAUUCUUCAAAUAGCCACCCUUUUCCUUGAUGACAGCUUUGCACACUCUUGGCAUUCUCUCAACCAGCUUCACCUGGAAUGCUUUUCCAACAGUCUUGAAGGAGUUCCCACAUAUGCUUAGCACUUGUUUGCUGCUUUUCCUUCACCCUGCCGUCCGAAUCAUCCCAAACCAUCUCAAUUGGGUUGAGGGCGGGGGAUGGUGGAGGCCAGGUCAUCUGAUGCGGCACUCCAUCACUCUCCUUCUUGGUAAAAUAGCCCUUACACAGCCUGGAGGUGUGUUGGGUCAUUGUUCUGUUGAAAAACAAAUGAUAGUCCCACUAAGCCCAAACCAGAUGGGAUGGCGUAUCGCUGCAGAAUGCUGUGGUAGCCAUGCUGGUUAAGUGUGCCUUGAAUUCUAAAUAGAUCACAGACAGUGUCACCAGCAAAGCACCACCACACCAUAACACCUCCUCCUCCAUGCUUUAUGGUUGGAACUACACAUGCGGAGAUCAUCCGCUCACCCACACCGCGUCUCACAAAGACAUGGCGGUUGGAACCAAAAAUUUCAAAUUUGGACAAAUUUCCACCGGUCUAAUGUCCAUUGCUCGUGUUUCUUGGCCCAAGCAGGUCUCUUCUUCUUAUUGGUGUCAUUUAGUAGUGGUUUCUUUGCAGCAAUUCGACCAUGAAGGCCUGAUUCACACAGUCCCCUCUGAACAGCUGAUGUUGAGAUGUGUCUGUGACUUGAACUCUGUGAAGCAUUUAUUUGGGCUGCAAGUUCUGAGGCUGGUAACUCUAAUGAACUUAUCCUCUGCUUGAUGGUUUUUGCGACUGCACUUGAAGUUCUUGAAAUUGUCCGUAUUGACUGACCUUCAUGUCUUAAAGUAAUGAUGGUGUGCAAAGUGUGCAAAGCUGUCAUCAAGGCAAAGGGUGGCUAUUUGAAGAAUCUCAAAUAUAAAAUAUAUUUAGAUUUGUUUAACAAUUUUUUGGUUACAACAUUAUUCCAUAUGUGUUAUUUCAUGGUUUUGAUGUCUUCACUUACAUUUUACAAUGUAAAAAAUAGUAAAAAUAAAGAAAACCCUUGAAUGAGUAGGUGUGUCCAAACUUUUGACUGGUGGUGUAUAUAUAUAAAUUGAUUGAUUUACUGUAGGAGCUGAUCACAGGGAUGCUGCAGGUGAAGGUGGAACAAAGAUACACAGCUCUGCAGGUUCUGGAUCACCCCUGGGUCAAUGUGAGUACCUAGAACAUACUACAUAGAACAUACAUAUAGUAGGUGUGUGUGUGUUCCUUGACCAGCUCUAUCAGAGGUUCUGUCUGUGUUCCAGGAUGAUGGGCGAUUAGUGACCGACCAGCAGCUGUCUGUGGCUGGGAAGAUUAAGAAACACUUCAACACUGGUCCUAAAGCCUGCAGCACCACCGCCGGAGUGUCUGUUAUCACAGUAAGGAUCCCUCUUAGUCAUUCUUACUCAAGGCUGUGUAGGUGUUUAGGACUGUUCAGAAUGUGUACAGCCCAAAACAUUAGGUUCUUCACAUGUAACCCUGACAGCUAAUGCAUGUCCUCUUCACCCUCAUCUCUCUCUAUCUGCCUCUUUCUCCCCUUCUCUCUGUCCCUCACUCCUCUCUCUCCCUCUCUCCUCUCUCCCUCUCAGACCACCCCUCUUGAUAAGGAGCAACAGGUUUUCAGACUAAGACACCAGCAGGAUGUGAGGUUGAAGCCCCGCCCCCAGAUCCGCCCCCAACCCCAAAGCUCCGCCCAAAGCUCCAACAACCCUGCCCUUUCUCCCGCUGACUUCACUUCAGAGUCAGAAGAUUACUCCCCCAGCCCCUCCCCCACCUCCCCUAGCUCAGCUGACACCGUCCGCUCCCCCACCUCCCCCACCUCCCCCUUCUAG